AUGAUUAGCCAACUUCAACAGGAAGUCCAACGAUUAUGGGCAGAAAACAGGAACAUGUGUGAAUUAGUGCAUAACCGAUGCGGUACACCAGUGCGUCCAGAAAACCUAAACAUGAACAAACCCUCUGUCAAAAGUCAAGGUGUCGGUCCCAGUGAGCAAGACACCAAAAUGGCUGCUGUAACCGAAGAGAUGCUUGAACAAUAUCGUAUGGAAAACGAGAAUUUGAGGAUGCUGGUCAGUGAAAAGGCUUAUUGCAAAAACGAACACUCCGAUUAUGAACGGCUGAAGGAGAAAAAUCAAAUGCUGUGUCAGGAACUCAGUGAACUGAGAUGGAAUCUAUGGAUUUGCAGACAACAUGCUACUACAGUUAGCUCAAAAUCAAUACGGGCAUGUGUUCUGCAUUUCAGUCAGUUAGACGCAAGGAAGCCGAACAGUCCACCUGUUUAUAAUAAACUUCACGGUUCGCUCCUGCCAAUACUGCGUCCAACCAGCAAAAUGCGGUCAAAGUCCUACCGACCUCCGGCUGUGCACACAUACGAAGGAAGGCACGCAGAAUAUCAAAAGAAAAUCCAGUUGCCCUCGCUCGUUCCUAAACCCAGUUCACAUAUAAAGCCGGAAUAUGCAAUCAAUCGAUUUCAGCAUGGAAAAUUCUCUGGUCGCCAUGCUCGAUUUGCGGAAACGCAAAAACCACCAGGUGAGAGGUAUUCGGGAAUGAAAGAAGCACCUGGAAAUUUGAAGCCUUCAAGUUAUGCGAACCGGAAAGUCAAGCUGAUCUGAGCCUCGAUAUUAUCCGAUAAAAAACACGCUCCCUUGU